AGUUGGUUUUUCUAAUAAAUUUCCUCACUACCAGUGCCAAAAACAUGCAUGUUUCAUUUCCGCUUUAAGACCCCUCGUCCGCGGUGGUCACGUGAUUUCUGAUGUAUGCCACAACAGUUGGUAUCGAGUAGUCUGCUUCCAGUGUCACAUCAGUAGCUAGCUGGUCCAAAUAAAAUGGAUUUUAACGUGAAGAAAUUAGCCUCCGGUGCCGGACUGUUUUUCACACGAGCCGUCCAGUUCACAGAGGAGAAGUUGGGCCAGGCGGAGAAGACUGAGCUGGACGCUCACUUUGAGAACCUGAUGAGCCGUGCAGACUGCACCAAAAACUGGACUGAGAAAAUCUACAGACAAACGGAGGUCCUACUGCAGCCCAACCCAAGUGCCAGAAUUGAGGAGUUUCUCUAUGAGAAGUUGGACAGGAAGGCACCGUCCAGAAUUACCAAUGGAGAGCUGCUGGGUCAAUAUAUGCAGGAUGCAGCAAAGGAAUUUGGUUCUCCAUAUGGGAGCACUCUGAUCAAGGUGGGGGAAUGUGAGAGGAGAUUAGGAGCAGCAGAGAGGGAGUUCCUCCAGACAUCAGCCAUCAGCUUCCUGACCCCCCUCAGGAACUUCCUGGAAGGAGACUGGAAGACCAUUUCAAAAGAGCGACGUCUGCUGGAGAAUCUUCGCCUGGACCUGGACGCUUGUAAAACACGUCUGAAGAAGGCCAAGUUGGCUGAGGCAAAGGCUGCGUGCGAGGGUGAAAUGGCUCCAGAUUUUCAGGAAACCAGACCCCGCAACUACGUGCUGUCUGCCAGUGCCUCUGCGCUGUGGAGUGAGGAAGUGGAAAAAGCUGAACAUGAGCUGCGAGUGGCACAAACAGAGUUUGAUCGCCAAGCAGAAGUCACACGGCUACUUCUGGAGGGCAUCAGCAGUACACAUGUGAAUCACCUGCGCUGUCUGCACGAGUUUGUGGAAGCCCAGGCAGCCUUUUAUAAGCAGUGUCACCUCCAUAUGCAAGAACUUCAGAAAGAGCUGGGCAGGCUUCCCAAUGCUUUUUCUCUGAAUUCCACUCACUCCAUGGCUGCUGCUGGCUCUUCAGCAGAAGGCGUCAGCAGCCCUGUGGAGACAGACACGCUGAAGAUCGAGGAAGUUCAGGCGCCAGCUACAGGAACCCGCAAGGCCAAAGUCCUGUACGACUACGAUGCUGCUGACUCCAGUGAGCUCUCCCUUCUUGCUGAUGAGCUGAUCACAGUCUACACGCUGCCUGGGAUGGACUCUGAUUGGCUGAUUGGAGAGAGAGGGAACCAGAAAGGAAAAGUGCCGGUCACAUAUCUGGAGCUCCUCAGCUAAGGAACAUACACACACAUCUGUACAGCUAUCUUUGUGGGGACCUUUAAUUGACAUUUUGUAUUCCUUUAACCAUCACAAUUUAAUGCAUAACCUCACCCUCAAACAACCCUUCAUAUUUGCGGGAUCCAGCACAAAGCACCACAGACCCCACAGGUAUAGUACGCCCCCGGUUUUCAGACCCCACAAAUAUAGUAACACACACACAUACACACACACACACUAAAGCCAUGAGGACAUUUACUUACAUUGAUUUCUUACACUAACCUGUAACCUCCUUCACUCCUCACACACACUCGUCCAUAAUGACGUUGAAUCAUGGAGUCAUCAGUGAUAAUGGAGAUACUGUUACAGUGAAAACAGGAUUGGGAACGUCCUUUUUAGAUUUGUUUUGUGAUUUUUCCUAUUUAUUUUUCAUUUAUUGUCGUUAAUCCCAAAGGUUCAGUUCGACCAAACUGUGACUCACUGUCAUCAGAUUUUCAACCAAAUGAUAUUGUUGAUUUGUUUUUUUAAAAGAAGUGUCUUUACUGUCUGUUAGAGCUGCCUUUGUUCAUCAGGAACACGUUUAAGAGGACAGUAGGACAAUACUCUGUUAUUUCUGUUUGAUUCUGUGUAGAGGUUUGAGAUGAGUUGAGAUGAGGAGUUUUUACGCAAUAACAACAAAUCCUGGUUCCUGUGGCGAUGAUGAGUCCUUCAGUUAAAGUGAUGGUUCAAGUUAUUUGACGUGUUACUACUCACAAGCUCACCUGUGGCUCUGUAUCACUGCACAGAUCAGCUGUUUGAGCCAGACAGAGCUAAGGGUAGAUUCGCUUGUGUGUAGGAAUAUGGUAGUUCAACGGUUGAGAAAAUGUAGUUCCAAAGUAAAGGUCUGUUUGACAGCAGAUAAAGAGCUGAAAAUAUUCAAAAUAAAGCGACACCGUUUUUCCACCAACAUCAUCAGAUUUUUUAAACGCAGUUAAACCCUCUAAUAAAAGCUGAUUGACUCUUUUCCACUGUCAGUCCAGUUUGUCUAUCUGUUCAGACCGAGGACAAACACAACUGUCAGAGUCUUUGUUUGAGACACUUCCAUCAGAGAUGGUGUUUUUAAAACUUAUUUCAGAGCUGCAGCUUCACUCUUUCAUUCUGGAGCUCAGUGUAGCCGCCAUGUUUCUGGUUUAUAAGGUGGACAGGUGACAGGUGUGUUACAGUGUCUGUGUCUGUGUCUGAAAGACGUCACAGCAUGAAAAGGGGAGAAAGUUAAUGAGUUCACCUGGUGUUGUGUUUACAUCAUUGCUGAUUAAUAUAACGUCCACUGCAGAGUCAUGUGACCCAGGUGUGAAUGAAGACUGAUCCUUUUCCAUUGCUGACAACAACCUGAUGUUAGCAGGUCUCAGCAGGUUUUCUGACCACAGGAAAAUGAGCUUUAAUCUGCUAUUAGCGUUUUUCUGUGGGUAUUUUUUAAAGUGGCUAAAACAUGUUUUUGGCAGAUGACCCCACCCACAGCAGCUCAUCACUCAGCUUCUCUAAACUGGGAUCUGAAUCUACUGCAGCUAGCACACUGACUGUAGAUCAGUAUCUCACACAACCCCAUGUAAAUAACUUGAACUGUCACGUUAAGGACAGUCCAUCUCUGUGUGACAGACACUCCUCAGUGAAGGACUAAACAGGCAGCGGAUCAUUGUGACCAUAUGAUCACAGACAAGUCAUGAUGUCAUACAUCACUUCCUGUAAUCAGCAGACACAGAGAGGAAAACCAUUCAUUCCACUUGAUGGUUUAUUUAAACCCACGAGUAAACAUAUUCCUCUUUCCUCCAAUACGACAUGAACACAUUCACAUUUCUCACUCACACUGAAAAACAAUACCUAUGAAACAGCAAAUAAAGUUUUCUCUGAUGGGAGGCAGGUUUGUCUUCUGCUUAUUGAAAUGAAUGUAAUUCCUGUGUUAUUUUAAGUGAUAUAACAUGGUGUGGAAGGGGAAACCCUACUAACAGUUUGGCUUGACUGAGUCACGUUGUUCAUUUGUCUUGAUCAGACUUGUCCCGCACAUUUUGUGUUUGUUUUUGCUUCCUGCACCUCCCACAGUGCUGAACAGUGUGGACACUGUGCAGCAAAUAAAUGUGAACACUCCCAUCCAAACUGCCUUAAGACGAUGGGAAGGCACUGCUCCGGCCGUCUGCUGCAAACCAGAGAAUGUGCUCUUUACAACACAGUGUCACCACAUAUGGCAUGCAAGACUUUUAACUCCUUCUAAUAAGGUGCGUGUGUUUGUGUGAUUUAGGUUCCUGGAUUUCCAAUGUUCCUGUUUUGUCUGUUAAAACUAAAGUGUCUUCAGUCUUUGUGCUGCAUGUGCUACAGCUGUAGCCCGUCCUGCUGGACAUGUAUGUGUGUAAACAACAAUAUGAUUUUGCUCAGUCUGUUAACGUGAGAUGUGGAAUGCCAGGAUGUUUGUACACAACUAGUAUGUUCUCUUACAUGCUUUCUCUUUACCAGCCAAGCCUCAGGAGUUUUUGUGAAAUGAGCACGUUUGAAAAAGCAUGUGUCCCCUCCUCUAAUCUUUUGCUCAUUUCACAAAUUUUAGAGGAUUUUCUCUUUAAAAAAAAAAUUUUUUCUACUGCCGUUGUGAUUCUGUAAUACCUCAUCUUGUAUUAAUAUUAUUUUGUCAAAAUAUGUAUUGCCUGUUCCUUAAGUAUCCUGAAUGAACGAACUGUAUAGAAUUUAAUAAAAAGUCAGAUUUAUUUGAAUUCAGUGUACUACCAUGUACUUGUCAAACCAUCUGAAAACCACGGUGAUCGAAAGCUGAACCCAGUGCAGGAGCGUCUGAGGAUGCAGUUCCUCUAAAUGGCUGUAAAACGCAACUACAAGUGGAAAAAAUCUAUAUCUCUGACCACAUGAAAAUCACAGACUCUGUUGCUCAAUAAUGUGAUUUUGAGUCAUUGUUUCAUCAGGGAGGCAAUCGUCCCUCCCUCUGCUCAGGAUGUUGUCUGUACUUUAUCCAGGCUCAAAGGUUACUACCACAGGCAGUAAAAUCAAACUCAUUCAUUCAAUCUUAAUCUAUGACUCCGUCAUGGCUGAAUUGUGAAAUACUACCAAUGUCCCUGGUCCAAGCACUGAACCCUUGCAGAUGUUAGCCACGCCUGCGGUAUGGAUUUAGGGAUUGCUUCACCACUUUGGUCAAAACUGAAAUAUUUCAACACCUUUUAGAUGAACGUCCAUGAACUUUUGUACGUUCACUGAUUCUAAUGUCAGUCUGCUUGGAUUCUGCAGCUACAGAGCAUUUAGAACAUUUUCAGACCCCUUCACUUUUUAUUCCUCUGCUCCAGCGACAGUCAGAGCAGCAGCCAUUUUGU